AUGUACAAUGGGAGCUGAUCAGGAGUUUGUAAGUCAAGAAACUGGUGAAAGCGACUUUAUACAAGAACAACUUUGCCACAAACAGUGUUCUGGUUAUUUCGUAUUCAAAAAGUCUCUUCUCUACUUACUGAAGGUUCUGUUGAAGGAAAGCAGUUCUCGGAAAUGGUUGCUGUUUGAGCACAAUGAUUGGACUGAACCAAACGAGUGGUUUACAAUUCAAGUUACCUGUGAACCUGGUUUUCGUAAAAAUCCAGCAACUGGAACUUGUUUUGGUCCAACUUGUGGUUCACGGCCCUCUUUACGAAUAUCCAGCGGUUCCGUGGCACCUCAAGGAGCCUGGCCGUGGCAGGCCAUGCUGAGAUUCACGGUUUAUGACCGUGCAAUGUUCUGUGGAGGUUCCUUAAUUUUGCCUCAAUGGGUUCUUACCACUGCUUACUGCGUUUAUGGCAAGAAAGCGUCAAACAUCUUUGUCAGGUAGAAACCAAAUCCGGUAAAACGUUAGGGCAUUUAAAGAGAAAAAUUAUCUCAAGGUCAUUCUAUACCAAGCCUUACCGCUAAAUUGUCCUGGACUCGAUUACACAUCCGUAUUAUCUCGGCAUUAUUUAAUAUCCUCGUUAGAAUUCAAUCCCGUUAAGUGUUUAUCUCUGAAUAGCGCUCGAUAUUUUAAUUUAAAUACAUAUGGUGAGAUAGAACAGUGGACCAGAGGAUAAUGUAGUUUGAGUUACAGGCGCCCUCCCCCAAGGAAACAAAUCGGAGAAAACUGCGAUCUCCUUUUCUUUCUCAAGGAGGGCGAAUGUAACAUAGGCUUAGCAGAAUGAGUCAAAUGAAACUCGUCGAUCGUACCCACGCCAGAUGAUUUGGUUGCAAGCUUAACCCGCAAUAAUAUCCUAACCGGUGGAGACAAGUGACUGCCCUGAAAAAAAAAGAGAAAAAGAAAGCAACUGAGCAAAAAAACAAGCAAACAAACAAACAAAAUCUGUCUGCGGAUGUGCUUGGUUACAGGUUGAGGAAAGUAGCACGUUCGAGUAAACAGCAAGCACAAAACAAAAGUAUAAUUGCGUUCUGAUAGUCAAUCGUAAUUAAAUUACUCUUUAAAAGUGAAUUCUGUCUCGGACGUUUCAAACAAAAUAGAACUAACUUGUUUCAUGUAGCUGUUAAGGCUGGUGGGUUACGUUAUAAUAAUGUAUCUGGUGUUACGACACAAACAGGCUUGGCGCUUACUACAGAGAAAAAACUAUUGGCACAGA